AUGGCCGACCGACUAGUACCUUCUUAUCGUAAUCUGAUUGCAAUGGCUGUCAUCGAAGCCAAAUUAAAACUAAUCCUAAAGUUCAAUCACAAGACCGUCACAAAGCAUCUGAGAGCCGAAGUUGGUCGUGCAUUAAUUCUGAGAGAAUGUAUCAUGUCUGUUAUGUUAGACCCCGCCGUAGACACGGACGUGCAAACUUGUCUGUUGAAAAUAUCAGAGAUCCUCUUCAAACCUUCGGAUGAAUCUGUGCCCGUUCGGAUUCCCGAAGAAAAGCGACCCAAAUCAGAAGCUCCGAUGCCUGUUUCUACAAAAAUUUGGAUUCAUGCUCCCUCAGCUCCCGCUAUUGAACCGGCACAAUCUGCAGCUCCCCUGCCAAAGAUAAUUUUGAAAGAUCAUCAGCAUCAUUUGACAAAUGAUACCGACCCGGGGGCCUCCUCACCCCCAGCCCCAUCGGCACCAGAUGUACCGUUGAAGCUAGCCGCGGCCUCGAUAAGGAAACCAAAACCUCCACCCAAACCCGAAAAGUUCCAGGCUAGUGGCAUGUCGAUUCCCAAUAAUAAGAUGUGCCAUUUAUUACUCUCUAAGUGUCGAACUUCUGUUGAGCUGUUUAAUGAGCCAGUUGACCCGGUCAAAUACCAAAUCCCGACUUACUGCGCGGUGAUUGGAGGCCAACAGAGCACGCAAGAUCUGGGGACGAUCAAAGCGAACCUGGUCGCGGACCGAUACAACAGCAUCGGCGAGUUCGAGGCGGACGUGCGGCUAAUGCGGAAGAACUGCUUCACGUUCAAUGCGCCGACUACCCCGGUGAAGGUGAUCGGACGGGACCUCGAGAAGGCCUUCGACAUCGCUAUGGUCAAGGUUUGCAAAGACGCCGGGUUGCCCCCUACCGCUGGAUCAUCAUCCACCCCUGGAGACACACGCAAGGGCGUCGAGCCCUCCGCGUCUUCGAAAAGAUCUCGCGUCGGGUGA